GUCGGGACUCCCUGGUCCCCCCGCGUUGGAAGAAUCAAGGCGCUGGACAUCUGGGGGCUGAGGGCCGCCCGCCGAAGCUGUCCGACUGGUCGGUGGAGCACGUCGCCCUCUGGGCCGCCUCCUUCACGCCGCUGCCGCCGGAGGCCGUCGAGCUGCUGCGGGACGGCGCCAUUAACGGCCAGGUCCUCCGAAGCCUCACGGAGAGCGGGACCUCGCCGACGUGGGCAUGCAGAAGUUCGGCUGGCGCCGCCAGCUGCUGCUCAGCCGCCAGGAGCUGAUGCUGGAGCUCGACGGGGGCCCCUGCCGCCUGGCGGGCGCCGCCGCCGAGUGGGUCGACAUGGCGACCCCCGCGGGCCCGACCCCGGUGCAGUCUGGCGGCGUGCCCGACGCCGCCCGGCCGCAAGGCCAGCUGCCCCGAUCCUGGCCGCCGCCGGAAGCAGCGUCGGCGCCACCGCUGGGCCAGGCCGUCACACGUCGUCUUCGCCCAGCAACGGGAGCAGCGUCGCCACGGUCGCCGAUCCCGUCGAUUCUGCUGCCGGCAGCUCCUGGACCUCGGAGGCGGACACCAGCGUCGCCGGCUCCGCGGCCCUCGGCUGCCGUGUUUCCGUCCCCGCGCCGGCGGUGGGCCAGGGCAGCGUGCAGCUGAGCGUCGGCCUCCCGCGGCCGCGCGGCGUUCCCUCGCGUGCUUGAGGGGGGGGUCGCUUUUGGCCCGCGCGGCGCGGCCCGCGCUGUGAGGGAUCGACGCGUCGCCUCGCAUCGGGAGGCCUCGGCUGCCGCUGUCAUGAAUUCAGGUGCCAGAGCUCCUCGGUCCGCUACGCAUCGGCUACGCCGCGGCCAUGCCUUUGGGCCUCUCUUCCGACAUGCUCGACUAGGCCGCCGCUGCGGCGUGGAAUUAGGCAGCGAGGCCCGCCCCAUGGGCCGCCCCAUCUCCUCUCCGGCCUGAGUGGCGGGCGCCCCGCUGAAUAAUCGGCAAGCCGCCGAGGAUCUUCCCGCCCGCGCUCGGGCGAGCUGCGGCGGUCGCGCCCGGCCCAGAGGAGAACCAAGGUGUUGCCCGUGAAUUUUGCGUCCU